CCAGCUCACGGUUCUGUAGUACACACAGUAUGCAGCUAAGCGCUAACACAUGGAGUACCGACGCUGUAUUACAUUAUCGCGGGGGAAAGGGGGGGAUUUGGGAUACAGACGUUUUCAAAUUACGCUCUCCUCCGCUUCUCCCUUCCACCACAUACCUAUUGCUUUCCCCCCUUCAUGUAUUGCCAUCAACCAUCCUGUCCAUAGUCUCAAAGGCCGAUAUGUAUGCAAAUAGACCUGAUGAUGGGUUCAAGAAACCGACGCUGCCAUCGUUGAGGAAUGUAGCGAGCAUCUCCACCCAAGAUCAGCUGAUGCAACCCGAAAAGAAAAUCGGUGAUUCGAAAUCCAUCUACUUCCGAGACAAGCAGUCCAGCUUAUACCCCACAUCUUCUCCGUAUGAUAUCUCUCUUCCAUACUUGACCCCACCUUCGCAUUCAUCAAGGCACGGGCCGGAUGAGCGAAUCGACGAUUUGAUUUCCAAGCUGUUCUCAUUGGAAAUCAUUGACACAUCCUCUCGAUCUCAAAACCCUAAGUGGCCUAUGAGAUCAAAAACACGGGCUGAGCUACUCAGUGACAUCUUCAGCGACGUUUUUGAAGACUUGAUAGAGAAAACCUGGGACUUCCCACUCCCUGGAGUUGCCUACAUGGUGGAUGUUAGACUAUACAACAAAAUCUAUCGACCGCUUCUCGACCAAUUCGCCCUCUGCGCGCGAGACCCGUGUGAUCGUAGCGCCAUCAUAUCCUCUUUCUGGGAUGUCUGCUGCAAACGCUGUGUCGUUAUCCUGGAGCGCCGCAACAAUGUCAUCGCAACUCCUUGGGCUUUCCCCCGUCUGGAAAACGCGAAGUGGGUACGCACCAUGUAUGUUGUCUUACAGCACAGGGAUAAAGACGAGCCGGAUUGCAAUAGAGCAAUGCGGUCACAGUUCCCGUGGAGUAGUAAAUUCGUCCCGGGUCAAGGCGAUAUAGCCUUCCUAACGAACCUACUGCAAGGAAAGUACGGCGUGUACACGAACUUAAACAAAAUCGGAAUUGAGGUGCGACCGAUGAAUGCCUGGGCAGAUUAUGCAUACCGACGCAACGGACUCGUGGAGCUCCAAAACUUUAGACGGGAGAUCCUCCAAGUGAUAAAUCCAAUUGAGCCGAUGGACAUGAGUGUCGCAUUUCCUUCAUUGAGCGAGCUCGAAGUCCAGGGUAUUCCAUGGGAUAAAACACAGUGGCCCGAGUUUAUAGUCCAUAAUAGUUCGAGUCCGGGGUGUUAUAUCAAAGCUGUGUGGUGGAGGGAACCGGCUAGUGGUUGGUGUAGCUUUGCUUUUAAAGGGUACUUGAAUUUGGACGUUGUCGGGCUCGGGCUGUAUACAUAUACUACCGUUCAGAGGGUGCAUCUUGAUGUGUAG